CAUCUCGCGGGGCAGCUUGGGUUUGCUCCCGUGGCGGAGGCGGCUUUUCCUUUCUUUUGAAUCGCCCUCGCCUGGCUUGCCGAAAGGAGCGUUAUUAUGUAUCAGAGCCCUGCCAGGUCCCUGUGUUCGGCCCUAUCCAACCUCUGCUGCGCUCCUUCCGCCGCCGCCGCCGCCACCUCCUCGACCCGGCUGCUCCGGUCUCCUGCCCCGGUGAAGAGAGCCCUCUCCCCGCCGGCCCUCCUCCUCCCCGCCGCGGCCGCCUCCUCCUCCUCCGCUGCUGUCCCCCGCUGCGGUUGCUCUGCAGCUGCGAGUUCAGGGGCGACGAAUUCUCCGGCAGUGUAUUCCAUGGGCAACAGUACAAGCAGGCUGUAUAGUGCUCUGGCAAAGACUUUGAGUAGUGGUGCUGCCUCCAAACAUCAGGAGUAUUUGGACCAGACAGACCCUGAGCUCCUGGAUCCCAUAGACCCCAAAGAUCUGCUUGAAGAAUGCCAGAUUGUUCUUCAGAAACGUCCUGCCCGACUCCAGAGAGACUUUGUGGAUCUGAGGACCAACUUUGCCAGCAAUGACCGACCCAUUAGAGUCAUGCAGUGGAACAUACUUGCACAAGCUCUCGGGGAAGGCAAGGACAACUUUGUGCAAUGCCCUAUGGAAGCCCUGAGGUGGGAAGAAAGGAAAUGCCUCAUUCUAGAAGAGAUCCUUGCCUAUCAGCCAGACAUCAUGUGCCUACAGGAAGUUGAUCACUACUUUGAUACCUUUAAGCCAUUACUCAGUCGGCUGGGCUACCAAUGUACUUUCUUCCCUAAACCUUGGUCUCCAUGUUUAGAUGUGGAAUGUAACAACGGGCCAGACGGCUGUGCCUUGUUCUUCCUUAAAGACAGAUUUUCUCUCAUCAACAGCACCAACAUCAGGUUGACCGCAAUGAAGUUAAAAACGAACCAAGUGGCCAUCGCUCAGAUCCUGAAGUGUAACGAAACUGGCAAGCUGUUCUGUGUUGCUGUUACUCACUUGAAAGCUCGUAACGGCUGGGAACGAUUUAGAUCUGCGCAAGGUGCCGAUCUUCUGGAAAAUCUGAAACAGAUCACCCGGGAGGCAGAGAUCCCUCUCAUUGUUUGUGGUGAUUUCAACGCCGAGCCCAUGGAAGAGGUGUACAAGGAAUUCUCAAACUCCAGUCUGAACCUGAACAGUGCUUACAAGAUGCUGAGUACUGACAGACAGUCGGAACCUCCAUACACGACGUGGAAAAUCCGUCCCUCAGGCGAGUGCAGGCACACACUGGAUUAUAUCUGGUAUUCGCAACAUGCCUGGAAAGUGAAUGCUGCCCUUGGUCUUCUGACUGAGGAGCAAAUUGGACCCAACAGGCUACCAUCUUACAAUUACCCUUCAGACCAUCUGUCUUUAGUAUGUGACUUCACCUUCAAUGAAGAUCCGGACAGGCUUUUAUAAUGAGGUGUAAUUAGAAGAGAGUUCAAUGUACUGUGUUUAUGCAGGCAGUGGCCUUUAAAAGUCAGCUCCUGAAGACUUGGGGAAGGGUUAGGGUUAUUUAUGAAUGGAGAACUAAUUAUUCAUUUUCAACUAUAACCUUGAAAGAUGCUUUUGUCAUUAACACCUUGCUGUGACAGUAAAAAGAAAAGCAAAACAA